CGUGUGCCUUCAUAGUACGAGGAUUAUGUGAGACGAACUCGAAAAACGAAAGUAUUUAAGCAAACAGCAAUAGUUUAUAGAGGUUUACAGUCACUUCAGAGGCUUCUUAAACAGCAUAGAAGAUGGAGACGCUUUACCAUCAGACAAAUAAACAAAUUCAUGAUGUCCAGUCACAGAUGGGAAAACUCGAGACAACAGAUCGGCAGUCAGUCCAUUUGUUAGAAAAUGAGCUUCAAGCCAGAAUUGACCAAAUCUUCACGCAGCUGGAACGGCUGGAGAUCCUGGCCAGCAAAGAGCCACCCAAUCGCAGACAAAACGCCAAACUGCGUGUAGACCAGUUGAAGUAUGACGUGCAGCAUCUCCAGACGGCCCUGAGGAACUUCCAGCACAGGCGUUACGCUCGCGAGUCUCAGGAAAGAGAGAGAGAGGAACUGAUGAGUCGAACCUUCACCACCAAUGACGCUGACACCUCUAUCCCCAUUGACGAGACAUUGCAGUUUAACUCAAGUCUACACAAUGCUCACAGAGGCAUGGACGACCUCAUAGGCUCUGGAUCCAGUAUCCUCAAUGGGCUACGAGACCAGAGAGGCACUCUCAAGGGCACCCAUAAGAAAAUGCUGGACGUCGCUAACAUGUUGGGGCUGUCAAACACAGUUAUGCGUCUGAUCGAGAAGCGGGCGUCCCAGGAUAAACUGAUCAUGAUAACGGGAAUGGUUGUCACCUGUGUAGUCAUGUUUCUGGUCGUUAAAUACCUGAGCUGAACCCUUUACCGUCUGUUUCAUCUGACAAACAAACACAAAAAACUGUAUAUUUUACUCUAUACCAGGCUUACCACUGGGACUGCUAAUUGGCUAUUUAUCUCUUUCUCUCCUUCAUGCAAACUAGUUGCACUCUGUAGUCCUGGGAAAAAGGAAGAGUAUAUGUAUAGCUACAUACAGGUUUCAGCAUUCAUUAAUGUGCCCUGUAUAUUGUCUGUUAAAUGCAGCCCGAACCAUCACGGGAGCCAGAGGAGAGGCCGAGGACUUAUUGUCAGGCCUAUUAAGGCUGUAAAUUACUGCCUUCAUUACAGGGAUCAGUUAAAUUAUUUGAUUGCCCCUGACGAAAUAAUAAUGAGAAUAAUAAAAACCCUUA